UGAAAAGUCAAGCGAGAAUUUUAACCCGGAAAGAAAUGAUUUAAACAUAAACAAACAUGACCGGUGCUGGAGGGGUUUCUGCCCCGACCGUGCGGACGGACAUAGGGCCGGAUGAUCUCGAAAGCGGGCCCUUGGAGUCACCAAAAUAUUAUAUCAGUCCCGUGCAGCCCGGCGUCUAUGUGGUCAACUCACCGGAAGCUCCAUCUAACUCAAACAAACAGAAACACACUAACAAGAUCAAUGAAAACAACAAAGCAAAGCACGAGGUGUUCAAUAUCGACGACGAUAUUCAGCUAAGGCCCUCAAACGGAAAUACUGGAAACCAGGAUAUAGACGGUAGUAACCGCGAUAUUGACCGAUCACAAACAUUCGGGGUGGAUGAGAAUGAAGCUCGUGGAAACUGGACAGGCAGACUCGACUUCAUACUCUCUCUUUUGGGGUACGCGGUUGGGCUGGGGAACCUGUGGCGGUUCCCGUACCUGUGUUACCGGAACGGGGGCGGGGCGUUCCUGGUGCCCUACCUCAUCUUUAUGUCGAUCGUGGGCAUUCCGCUCUUCUUUCUGGAGACCAGCCUCGCUCAAUACUCCAGCUGCGGGCCUACAACCUGCUGGGGAUUCUCACCCAUAUUCUCGGGUUUGGGUAUUGCGAUGUGCAUGGUGUCCGGUUUGACAUCACUCUAUUACAACAUGAUCAUCGCCUGGUGCAUGUUCUACUUCUUUGUCUCCUUUCAACACCCGCUGCCAUGGGCCGGAUGUGAUAACGACUGGAACACAGAAGACUGCCGCUUAAAACUGCCAUCAGUAAGUUGUGAUGACGGCGUAAAACACGUGAACGGCACGUGUUACGUUGACAGCGCGUUUACGGGACUGUGGAACGAUUCUUUAUUCACGGAGGCAACCGGCAGAAAACGUGUGUCUCCGUCGGAAGAGUAUUACAAUGGGUACAUUCUGGGUAUUAGCUCAGGCGUUGAGGAGGUGGGGCAGCCGCGGUGGCAGCUGACACUCAUCCUGCUGGCCGCCUGGACAAUCUGCUUCCUCUGUCUCAUCAGGGGCAUUAAAACAACCGGCAAGGUGGUGUACGUGACGGCAAUAUUCCCGUACAUCAUGCUUCUCAUCCUGUUUUUCCGCGGGGUGACCCUGGAUAACGCCGGGGAGGGCAUCAAGUUCUACAUUCUCCCCAAAUUUGAAAUGUUGCUUAACGCAAAGGUGUGGAAGGACGCAGCGGUACAGAUCUUUUACUCAAUGGGGCCGGGCUGGGGCGGCAUCCUGGCCCUCUCUAGCUACAACCGUUUCCAUAACAAUCACGUGGGGGACUCGUUAUUCGUCUCGCUGGGCAACUGCAUGACGAGUAUAUUCGGCGGGUUUGUCAUUUUCUCCUAUAUCGGAUUCAUGGCCGGCCAGCUGGGCGUCACGGUGGACAAGGUCGCCACCGACGGGGCGGGGCUGGUAUUUGUGAUCUACCCAGAGGCCCUGAACAACCUGCCCGGAUCUACUUUCUGGGCCAUCAUUUUCUUCCUCAUGCUUAUCACCCUUGGACUCGACAGUCAGUUUGUGACUGUGGAGACGGUGAUGACGGGCCUCUGUGACUCGUUCCCGGGCCUCCGGAAGUACAAGACGCCCAUCAUCGGCGCACUCUGCUUCUUUUCCUUCCUACUCGGACUCCCAAUGUGCACUCCGGGAGGAGUGUAUAUUCUACAGAUCCUCGACUACUAUGUGGCUGGAUGGUCUUUAUUAUUUAUAGGACUUACUGAAGUAUUAGCGGUCACAUACGUGUACGGUUGUCGCCGGUUUUGUGACGACAUAGAGUUAAUGAUCGGGCGUCCACCGGCGCUGUUCUGGAAGGUCACGUGGAUGGCCACAUGUCCUAUUGGAAUCGCUUUUAUUCUGGUGUUCGCGUGGGUGGACUACGCAGCGGUGACGUACGGGGAUUACGUCUACCCGGGCUGGGUUGACGGGGUGGGCUGGCUUCUAGCGCUAGUGUCCGUCAUCUGGAUCCCGGGUGUCGCCAUAUACAAACUGUACAAGGAAGACGAUGAUGAUACACUGCUAGGGAAACUACGACUGAUUACUGUCCCCUCCCGGGAGUGGGGUCCGGCCCUGGUGAAGCACAGGAGGUUGGUGGAGCGCGUGCCGGGGUUUGUGGUGGACCCGUUCACGGAAAAGGGCCAGCUCAACAGGGCAUAUUCCGGCAGCUCAUUAGGCAGCAUCCAUAUAGCCAAUGGGAACAGUGUCAGGCGGUACCCAAGUGGGACGUCCAUGGUUGGUAGCACCCGCUCUCUGUCCACCGGACGUUCGGGAGUUUCAGCGACUUCUCGGGUCACAUACGAAUCACAGAUUUGACGAAAAUGGAUUUGAAGCCAAUUAAAUAUUAAGGGUUUGAUGAAGAUGCAAAUCACACUAUUUUAAACAUUGUCGUGCAUUUAUAUUAUUGUCUGUAAUAUAGGGACUUUGUUUUACCUUUUUGUAUUUUACACGUUUAUAUGGUUCCUUUUUUCGUUUUAAUGCAGUGUAAAUGCCUUCUACAAUACUCUAACAAUUGUGUUCAACUUCAUGUGAUGUACUUGCCGUCUUUCAGUAAGGUAGAAUUCCAGUUUUAUACACCACUCAUACAAUAUGCAUAAAACAUGUACAUAGUUAUACCAUUUAAAUCUCAUCGUUAUCAUAUCAGUAAAUUAAUUUCUUGUUUUAUUGUACAAGUUUAUUUGUAAUAGAUCUUAAUAUUUAUAUACACUUUUAAUCGGAAAUAAUGAUAUGUAUUUUUUCAUACUUAAUGUUAAGGUUGUUGAUAAUGCAAAGUUCAUUUUGUCUGUCUUUUUUAAAUAAUAAAACUAUAAAUGGU